AAAAAAAAAAAACAACCAAAACCAAGGGGCAAAAAACAAAAAUUUUGAUCAUGGCCUUUUUGGCAGUAGCACCUUUAAAAAAUUAAAGCCAAAUUAUGACCAAGAACAAUAGUCAGCAAGGGAAUUUAAAGCAAGCGUUAGUUGCCGGUGCUUGUGCAGGCACAGCUGUAGAUACGGCUCUUUUUCCAUUAGACACCAUCAAGACGCGUUUACAAUCACAACACGGAUUCCUCGCUUCCGGUGGAUUUCGUGGCAUCUACUCAGGUUUGCUGACGGCUGUUAUCGGUAGUGCACCAGGAGCCUCUUUGUUCUUUGUGACCUAUGAAGCCUCCAAACGUAUUUUGGGAGCCACCAUCGAUGACAAAAAAUACGCUCCCAUCGUGCAUAUGACAGCAGCCUCUCUCGGUGAAACGAUUGCUUGCACAGUGCGCGUGCCGACCGAAGUCAUCAAGCAAAGAAUGCAAACAAAGCAAUUCAACAAAACGUCCGCUGCUGUAGCCCAUGUGCUCAAAACAGAAGGUAUUUUAGGCCUGUAUCGCGGAUUUUUAUCGACCGUUGUGCGUGAAAUUCCUUUUACAUGUAUCCAAUUCCCUCUGUACGAAUACUUUAAGCGUACUUAUGCUAAUCUCAAGGGACGCCGUACAGAACCUUAUGAAGCGGCGUUCAUGGGGUCGAUCGCGGGCGGGAUUGCAGCCGCCGCCACAACGCCAUUGGAUGUGUGUAAAACGCGAAUUAUGCUCUCCAACAAAAAUCACACAGCAAAGCAUUAUGCUGGCAUUGUUUCCACCAUGAAACGUAUCGCUGCAGAGGAAGGACCGCGAGCUUUAUUUUCUGGCAUUGGACCUCGUGUGAUGUGGAUUUCCAUAGGCGGAAGCAUCUUUUUGGGCGUGUAUGAAAAGGCCUUGAAGACAUUUGUACAGCUCAACAUUUUGGAGGAUAGAUUUUGAAAAAAGUCACAUUUAGAGAUCCCCAAUUGCUUGUAUAUUUUUUAUUUUUUUAUUUUUUUUUGUUUUUAAUUAUCUAUUUGUUCGUGUUGUUACAGUUUGUUACCCAUAGAAUGUUC